UUUCUAUCGAAAAGUUCAAGUCUCACACAUGUACACUGAUAAUCAUUUUUAUACCUACAUAAGUAUGUACAAACUUUGGUGAUAACAAAUUAGUUUCUCUAAUAUAUGCAUACGUAUAUGUUGUUGAAAAAGUUAAAACUGUGCCGAAAAUUAAAAGAUUGAAACAAAAUGAUAGGCAUACGGUCUCAAAAUUUAACAAAAUGGAAAAAUUAUUUGAUAUGUUCAUCAUCAAACUACUUUCUUCGAUUAGGAUAUGAAGAAUGCAUAUCUAAUUAUUUUCUACAUCGUCCUUAUUCACAUAUUCCAAAUAAACAGCAUAUUAAGCCUAAGCAAACCCUUUUCUACACUUUUUUAGCAUUUGGAGGUGUUAUAGGCGGAUUUGCUCUGUACGAACACAAAUCAAAACUACUUCGUGUGAAAAUGGAUGAAAAUCAUAUUAAAGAAAUAUCAAGCGCACAAUCAAACGAAGAAAAACAAUUACGUCACAUGAAUGAACGCUCCGAUUUGCCAACAUAUAAUAUGGAUGAAGUACAAAGACAUUGUACUAUUGAAAAUGGAAUUUGGAUAACUUAUGGAAUUGGAGUUUACGACAUAACAGACUUCAUCGCCAAACAUCCAGGGGGUGAUAAUAUUAUGUUGGGAGCGGGCAGUGCAAUUGACCCAUUUUGGGCUAUUUAUCAGCAACAUAAUAACAAAGAAAUUUUAUCCCUUUUAGAGUUAUAUCGUAUUGGAAACUUAAAUCCAGAUGAUAAGAUAAGCACAGAUGAUAUGGGUUCGCCAUGGGCUAAUGAGCCGAAACGUCAUCCAGUGCUUAAACCAGCAUCAAAUAGACCAUUCAAUGCAGAACCGCCUUUAAAGCUUUUAGCAGAAAACUUCAUUACCCCAAAUGAAUUUUUUUAUAUAAGAAAUCAUUUGCCAGUUCCUCUUAUUGAUGCCAAUAAAUACGAACUUGAAAUCGCUAUUGAAACGAAAGAGUCUGGAACGAAGAAGCAAACCAAAACAUUGACUUUGCAAGAUAUAAAACGAUUGCCAAAAUACACAGUUACUGCAGCCAUUAUGUGCGGUGGCAAUCGCCGCUCUGAAAUGACAAAGGUGAAAUCUGUAAAAGGCCUUUCCUGGAAUGCAGGAGCAGUGGGUAAUGCCACUUGGUCGGGAGCUCGCCUUCGAGAUCUUCUUUUGGAAAUGGGGGUUAAACCAAAUGAAAAUUUGCAUGUUGUCUUUGAAGGUGCCGACCUCGACCCUACUUCGAAUCCUUAUGGCGCAUCUAUUCCACUUUCAAAAGCAUUGGAUGAACGUGGUGAUGUCAUACUGGCAUACGAAAUGAAUGGUAAAGCUUUAAGUCGUGACCACGGAUACCCUUUACGAUGCAUUGUACCCGGCAUUGUGGGUGCACGCAAUGUCAAAUGGUUAUCUCGGAUCGCGGUGUCUGAUGCCGAAUCUGACUCACAUUGGCAGCAGAGUGAUUACAAAGGAUUCAGUCCAAGUACAGAUUGGGAUACAGUUGAUUUUACUAAAUCUCCAGCCAUACAGGCAAUGCCAGUUACGUCUGCAAUUUGUAGCCCUAUAGAAGGCGAAAUGCUUAAAAUACCUGCUGAUGGAUAUCUAACUGUACACGGAUAUGCGUGGUCAGGUGGUGGCCGUCGCAUUGUACGGGUUGAUUUGACUGCUGAUCAGGGCAAAACAUGGCAUGUUGCAAAAAUUCAACAGGAGGAUCAACCUGAUGGUCGUCAUUACGGUUGGACCCUAUGGACUGGCCAAAUCAAAAUGGAAAAGACAUAUACGGGUGAAAUGGAAAUUUGGGCGAAAGCGGUCGAUUCCGCGUACAAUGUUCAGCCAGAAUCAUUUGAAAACAUAUGGAACUUACGCGGAGUACUUGCAAAUGCUUACCAUCGCAUAAAAAUUAAAGUAAUAUAAAUUGUAAUUGAAGCAAUCAUAUACUUAUAUAAAAUAUAAAAAAAUAAAUAAUAUAAAAUUAUCGCAAUGACUUUAAGCCAGA